AAUAAUUAACCACUGCACUGAUAAGGCAGAAAUAGGAGAGAGAAAGAGACAGAGAAGGAAAGACACAGGUCAGAUAAAUAAGAACAAUCAGCAAAGAAAGAGGAAGGACGUUGACUCAGCAGUUGCAGUUUGAGGGGAAAAAGAGGAAGAGGAAAGCCCUGACAGUGUAAAAGUGUGUGUGCACCGAGUGUAAGCCGAGUUUCUUGUUUUGUUGGUUAUUUAGCCAGCCGUGCUCCAUGGAGGACACACAGGUGGCCAGGUCCGUAGAGCUGAACAAUGGCAUGCGGAUGCCAGUUUUGGGUCUUGGGACAUGGAAGUCCUCCCAUCUUCCCCGCACCUCGGUCCAGGGUGCAGUGGAGGCUGCCAUCGCGGCAGGUUACCGCCACAUAGACACCGCCCACAGCUACAAAAAUGAGGUUGAGAUUGGCAAGGCUCUGCGAUCCAAGAUACAGCAGGGCGUCAUCAGGCGCCAGGACAUGUUCAUCGUCAGUAAGCUUUGGUGUACCCAUCAUGCCCCAGAGGACAUCCAUGAAUGCCUGAACAAGUCCCUGGAAGAUCUCCAGCUGGACUACCUGGAUCUUUACCUUGUGCAUUUCCCCGUUGGCCUAAAGAAAAUAGGUGACAACCUUUUCCCAAAGAAGGACGGAAUGAUGCUGACCUCUGACAUAGACUAUGUGGAUGUCUGGAGGGGGAUGGAAGCCCUGCAAGGCUCGGGGAAGGUGAAGAGCAUCGGUGUGUCCAACUUCAGCAUCCUGCAGCUGGAGAGACUUCUCGCUCUGUGCAGGGUGCCCCCUGCUGUCAACCAGAUUGAGCUACAUCCCUACCUGGUGCAGACAGAGAUGAUAGAGUUCUGUAAAUCCAAGAACAUCGCCCUGACUGCCUACAGUCCUUUUGGCUCGCCUCAGAGACCCCCAGAGAUGUUCAGAGGAGACCUUGAUCCACAUAAGCUGCUGGAGGACCCAGUUGUAGCAGAUAUAGCCAAGAAGCACAGACGCAGCCCUGCACGGGUAUUGCUGAGGUACCAUGUGCAGCAGGGUAUCGCAGUCAUCCCUAAGAGUGAUAAGCCUCAUCGCAUCCUUGAGAACACAAAGAUCUUUGACUUCAGUCUGACCGAAGAAGACAUGAGAGCGCUGAGAGGACUGGACCGAGGGUGGAGGGCCUGCACGCUCGAAGAGGUGAAGUCUCAUCCGUACUACCCCUUCGUAUGAGGUAAGUCGGGAGAGUGGAAAGAAGAGACGGCACACUGGAUCUACUAUUACCAUGACAACCAACAAGACUCAAGACUAGCAACAUGCGGUCUACCUACAGUAUCAGUAUUACACGCUUUAAUUCAUCAAUGCCUUGUUUGCAGAAUACUCAAGAUAGAAUGUGAAGACAAAUCUUUCAAAUGUGACCUUAAUGAAUGUGACUCAACAAAUCAGCUCUGAAAAGUGAGUUGACUAGUUUUCGUUUUAUGAAUAAAAUACUGUAUGUUUGUUUUAA